AGAUUUUGUUUGUUUAUUUUUUCGUUCGCAGUUGUUGUCUAAAAUUAACGGUUAAAUUGUAUACAAACACGCUUUAUAUUUGCGCCAGCUUAAUGUUAAAUUCGCUAUGUAAUCGUUGGAUGAUAUCAAAAUAAACUAGGUGUCGUGUGUAACAAAAACUUUAUGUAUUUACAUGUAUUAUGCAGUGAUUUCGCUGACGAAGGACAAUAAUGUCACUAAAAGCGAAAAUCGUUGUGAUGCGGAAAUAUUGAUUCAGUAGAUUUCGAGGGAAUAAAUAUUUAAAAAUGCGUAAUUAAGAAAACAUUUUCCUAAUCUUUAACACAAGUGGCUUUUCUCAGUCACUAACGAAACAGAAUAUUUUAUCUGAGAGUUUGUGUGAUGAAUUGUUCAUCAAGGACAUUCUACCUUGGACAACAUCCUGUAAUCAAGAAGAAUGGAUUGCCUGUGGAUGAGAAACCAACGACUAGACAGUCGAGCCGUCUUCAUCAUGCUCAGCCCUCUGAGCAUGGAAUACAGAAGACCAGUAUCAGCAGUUCUGCUAUGCAAAAUGAGAAGAAACAGUUGGUGCAUGUUGAUUCAACUUCAGUGAAGGAUGCAGGGAAAAUCAAAGUGCCUAAUAUGACUAAAGGAUCAUAUCGGGUACCUGUGAAAGCACUUAAUUUGCCAGAGAAAAUUGCUCCCCUUUCUGAAAUCAGUGAGAACGGUUAUCAUGAAGUACAACGGCAAAGUGCAGAAAAUAUCAAGCCUUCAGAUCCUGGGCCAUCAUCACCCUUACUGGAAAAUGGAAAAACGACAAAAGCAAAGGACUGGAAGGACCUUGCACAAAGGUUACUGUUCAGCGAAACUAAGAGUACCAGCAGCACUGGAAGACCAAAGCAUAAUCACGAGUCAGAAUUUAAGCAUGGGACAGAAUACUGUUCACCUCACAAAAAAACCUCAGACAACAGGCGAAAGUUGAAAUUCAGAGCAGAGGCUUCAGCAACUGGCUCUGAUGGAUCAAUAAAUAGUUCGAAAGAUUACAUUCUGUUUAGUCCGACACGGAUGGCAGCUGCCAAAAAGAAAUCUGCAUUUCAGAAGCAGAAGCAUGGGAAUCUGUCGGUCUCCGUCCUCACUCCUCCACCUGGCCUGGAUAUCAGCUCGCUGUGCAGCUCGCCAACAGACGCAGGGCACAGCAUUCACAUGGCGAUUCCUGCUAAUCAGUCAGACAAGCUGCUGCUUUCCAGCUGGGGUCUGCCCAAACCUGUGCUGGAGAAGUACCAAAGUCUGGGUGUGAAGCAGAUGUUCGAGUGGCAGGCUGAAUGCCUCACUCUGGGCAAAGUGCUGGAAGGAAACAAUCUGGUGUACUCAGCUCCAACGAGCGCUGGAAAAACACUGGUUUCAGAGUUACUCAUUUUAAAAAGAGUUUUGGAGACUAGACGGAAGGCCAUAUUCAUCCUCCCUUUUGUUUCUGUAGCCAGAGAGAAAAUGUUUUAUCUGCAGAAUGUGUUUCAGGAGGCGGGGGUCCGAGUUGAGGGUUACAUGGGAAGCACUUCAGCUGCUGGUGGCUUCUCUAAACUUGAUGUGGCUGUUUGUACAAUAGAGAAAGCUAACGGCCUAAUCAAUAGGCUCAUUGAAGAGGAUAGAAUGGAUUUACUUGGGAUUGUUGUGGUAGAUGAGCUGCACAUGCUGGGUGACUCUGGCCGUGGAUAUUUGUUGGAGCUCUUGCUGACUAAGAUCCAGUACAUUGCAAAGAAAGCAACAAAUAAGUGUUCUGAUAAAUGUUCCACCGAUAAUGUACAGAUUGUGGGAAUGAGUGCCACUUUGCCAAACCUGGAUCUCCUUGCUCACUGGUUAAAUGCUGAACUGUACCAUACAGAUUACCGUCCUGUGCCACUUAUGGAGUGGGUCAAGAUUGGCACCAACAUAUACGAUGGCUCCAUGAAUCUUGUCAGACCUUUUACUCCUGCUCUCCCUGUUAAGGGUGAUGAUGAUCAUAUCGUGAGCCUCUGCUUUGAGACGGUGCAGGCUGGUCACGCCACGCUGCUCUUCUGUCCCUCUAAGAACUGGUGUGAAAAGCUGGCAGAUAGCAUUGCCAGGGAGUUUUAUAACCUUCACCAUCUUGAAAAGCAAUCAGAAUCUGGAGUGCAUUCUGUGGCUCUGAACCUUGAAGCUCUUCAGGAUGUCAUGGCACAGUUAAAGCGCACGCCUGCAGGCCUUGAUGAAAUACUGAAGCGCACUGUUCCCUGGGGCGUCGCUUUCCAUCAUGCAGGUUUGACUUUUGAUGAGCGAGACAUCCUAGAGGGUGCUUUUCGUCAGGGCUUCAUCAGAGUCCUGAUUGCUACAUCCACGUUGUCCUCUGGUGUAAAUCUGCCUGCACGUCGUGUGAUUAUCAGAACCCCAGUGUUUAACGGACAUCUGCUAGACAUACUGACAUACAAACAGAUGGUGGGACGAGCAGGGCGUAAAGGAGUGGAUACUGUUGGCGAGAGUGUCCUGGUGUGUAAGGAGUCUGAACGUACGAAAGGCAUAAUUUUAAUCCAAGGCUCCCUAAAGCCCAUCAGUAGCUGCUUGGUGAAGCGUGAAGGAGAGGGAGUCACUACCAGUAUGCUCCGAGCCAUCCUGGAGAUUAUAGUGGGUGAAGUUGCCAGCACACCAGAGGAGGUAAGGAUGUAUGCGUCGUGUACUCUGCUGGCAGCCAGCAUGGCAUCUAAAGAACCCGAUCAACCUGGAGCAGCUCGGAGCCAUGGAGCCAUUGAAGCCUGCAUGGAUUGGCUAUUGGAUAAUGAGUUUAUUCAUAUCCAAAAGGAAGGAGAUGAGGAGAAAUAUUGUCCCACUCACCUGGGGUCUGCUACACUGUCGUCAUCUCUGUCACCACCAGAAGCCCUGGGAAUUUUUGCAGACCUACAAAGAGCGAUGAAAGGCUUUGUUCUCGAAAAUGACCUUCACAUUCUUUACCAGAUAACACCAGUAUACGUUGACUGGACAACAAUAGACUGGUACCAGUUUUUCUGUCUCUGGGAGCAACUGCCUUCUGCAAUGAAAAGGGUUGCGGAGAUGGUGGGAAUUCAGGAAGGCUUUCUGGCCCGCUCUGUUGGCGGGAAAAUAAUUGCUAAAACAGAAAAACAGCACAGACAGAUGGCGAUUCACAAACGUUUUUUUACCACACUUGUAUUGUUCGAUCUGAUCAACGAGGAACCUCUUGGAGUCGUGGCGAAGAAAUACAACUGUAGCCGGGGACAACUGCAGUCACUUCAGCAGUCUGCCUCUACCUACGCAGGCAUGGUUACAGUCUUCUGUAAUCGACUCGGAUGGCACAACCUCGAACUGCUGCUGUCGCAGUUCCAAAGCCGUUUGAGCUUCGGAGUGCAGCGAGAGCUGUGUGACCUGGUGCGUAUUUCUUUGCUGACCGCUCAGAGAGCACGAGCGCUCUACAGUGCUGGGUUGGUUACUGUGGCUGAGGUCGCACGUGCAAACAUUACUGAUGUGGAGAAAGCCUUGAGGAAAGCUGUUCCUUUUAAAAGUUCUCGGCAGGCGGUGGAUGAAAGCGAGGAGGAGGCUCAGGAACGUAGAAGCAUGCGCUGUAUCUGGGUCAGUGGGAAAAAGGCCUUGACUGAGAGUGAGGCUGCACAGCAGAUUGUGUCAGAGGCCAGGCUGCUCCUCCAGCAGGAUCUUGCCCUUCUUGGUGUAGAGUGGAACCCCAACUCCCUUUUGCCAGAGACUAGAACAAAUUCUAAUGAAUCAACAGAUUCCAGUUUACAGUCUCCACCUGAGGGUCCAUCAAGCAAGAAGAAUGUUACGCCUGAAGAAUUGAGAAAGCUCAUUAAUGGGCAUCAAAAUCUUCCAUCUGACGAUACUGAAAGUCAUACAAACUCAAAGAGUUCCACUGCAAAUAUAGAAAACACUAUGGGCACUGAAGAGCAAACUAGUGCACUGCACAAAGUACUAAAAUCAAUAGGUACUAAGGACAACACAGGUCAAAAUGAAUGCAACACUACUGAGAUAUCAGCUGUUGUUGCAACCUGUAGCCACAGUUCUGUUCUACAUUGCAACUCUACCUCAUGUUUUGCGCGUCCUUUGUCUAAACGUAGACGGGUGGAUAAUGAUGAAAUCAUAAGUGAAGCAGAUAAAACCUGUCCAAUAACUGAUGCAGAGGUUAGAAAAACAUCAACUGUUUCUUUGAACCGUUGCCACCCUUACCCAAAAAACAAAAAAACAUUAAAUAUGACUACACCUCAAACAACAGCAACAAAAUUAACUAGUCAUCCGCCACCCUUUACAUCUUGUGGUCCAAAAGCACCCAAAGAUGAUGUAAAAAAUGAAUAUCGAGAUUUAAAAGAGAUCAACAGGAUGAGAUCUUUUGAAAAGGGAAAAAACACAGAGCAUUAUAAGAAAGAAUUAAAAAGAAACACUUCUGUGGACUUUUUGGUGAAAUCAGAUAUAACGUCUAGAGUUGCAUUUGAAGUGAUACAAAUUUCAGGCAAAAAGUGCAGUUCCCCGGAUUUGUACACUGGGGAAUUAGAAGAUUUUGGUGAUAGUUUUCAGCUUGACACUCAGACAGAACAAAUGUUACUGCAAGAUGACAAAUUGCCUAAUGGUAAGAGCAAUUCAAACACUAAUCAUGAAUUUAAAACCGCACACAGUUAUUUUAGGACAGUCCAAACCUCUUAUUCUGAAACUGAAACUCUAGUUCCAGGGAAGAGGCAUGAUCAAGACCCAAAUAAUGCAACGUCACCAGUGUCUGAUAAUACUGUAAAUGAGUUACGUUCAAUCAAAACCAAACCGAAAUACAACAUUUCACUGACAGACAGUCAAAUGGAGAGCCUUCUCAAUUUCACAAACCAAACAACCGAGUCAUGUGAAACACACUUAAAUUCAAAAACCCAAGGCCAGACUGACAAUUCAGACACUGUGAUGAAAGAGAUAUCUGACGUUACUGUGGGCAACAGUCCCAAUAGGAGCAGCAGUUUUUUGUUUGACAGUCUGUACGACAGCUCCAUUUUAAAGGCCAUGGAGGACGAGGCAGGAUUUGCUGACGAAUCAGAAAGAGACAAAGCUGUAAAUGCAAAUACAAGUAAAAGUAAUCCAACCGUAAAGAGAUUGAAUGAAGAGAACAAAGCGGAAGUGGAAGAUCAAGAAGCAGUACAAUGGGGCGAGUCUUCUUUUAACCUGUCAGAGUGGGGCGAUUCUUUACUCAUAGGAGAGCACUACCUGGAAAAGCGGAACAGUGGUUUAAAGGUCUGUGAUGCACCAAGAGAUGAAUUAGAAAAGCCCUGUUACACAGAUGACGUGUCUGAGAUAAAAGUGUUGCAAUGCGGCACGCCACAGUGCACAGAAGCACACCGAGUGCCAGACAAUGCGCCAAGUGCCACAGAUUCUUCGUUUCGUUUGAGCCCAGGAAUGCAAGAUGUUUUCGAUAAGUGGUCUGAUCAGUUUUCAACCUUCCAUGAACCUUCAGGACAAGCAGUUGCAAAUGUGAUAGGAGAGGAUGUAAGUAAUGUAAGUGAGGUAAUGUCUGCUGAAGCUGAGCCUAAACAAAAAGUCUUGUUUUCCAAAGAUCUGCAUGUAGUAAAAUCAAAUUCAGUCAACCUUGAUCUUAUUCCUCCUACACAAACAUGUGAGCCUGUUACACCCAGACUCAAAAUGACGACUUCAGCUGUACGGUCCCCUCUGAGUCACCAAAGUCACACUGAGCCUAGACUACAUUUAUCUCUGCAUUCUGGCCACAAGGAUAAUCAGCAACCUCGUGUUGAGCUGAAGGCCAUGACACAAUUGAAUACAUCCUUAACUGAUGAGGGCGUUUCAUUGCAGCUUUCACAGAAUACUUCAAUCUCCGGCUCAAACUUUAUCAGUCCAGAAUCCUUCUCCAUUAUUGAUGUAGCAAGUGACAAAAGACUUUUCGAGACAUUUAUAAAGGAGUGGAAAACAAAGAAGAGAUUUUCUUUAGCUGUUGCCUGUGAGAGGAAAGAUGGCACAGGGCAACCUGAAUCGGUUAUAGGGAGCAAAUUUAAAAAAGUUACUACCCCAAUGAGGACCAAACGAAAAGAUGGCUUUGCUAUAAAGGAACAUGAUAAUCUUAUUGUAACUGGCUUAUCUAUAUGCUGGGGAGGAAAAGAUGCAUAUUAUAUAUCACUACAACAGAAACUAACAGACACAGUAGAUAUAAGUGCGAGCUUAGCACCCCCUCCACUGGAUGAAAAUCUGGCAGUGGGAGAGAGGAUGAAGAGCAUUCAGGCCUGUGUGACAAGGUCCACUUCUGGUGCUGAGGGUGUGACUGUUGCUUACGACUUUAUUCAGAUGUAUAAAACCCUAGUCCUGGCAUGCGGACUUUCAAUAAAAGGUGUAUUUGAGGACCCUAAGGUAGCUUGUUGGCUUCUGGAUCCAGGUUCCAAAGAGCGCACGCUUCAUAACAUGGUGACAAACUAUACUCCGCAAGAUCUGCCGUUGUUAGAAGGAAUUAGCCCUGGACAGGGUGUAGAAAGUCUGGGGAUAUAUGGAGACGCAAGUCAUUCUAGUCGAUACAGAGCAGCCAUCGAGUCUGUUCUUAUCUUUGGAGUCAUGACACAACUCAAUGUAUUAAUGGAAAAAGAUGGCUUCUUAGAUGCAUUCCAGCAAGUAGAGAUGCCCACUCAGUACUGCUUGGCUCUGUUGGAGCUAAAUGGUAUUGGGUUUAGUGUUGCUGAAUGUGAAGCUCAGAAACAUGUGAUGCAGGCUAAGCUCAGUGACCUGGAAAACAAAGCUUAUCAGUUGGCUGGUCACAGCUUCUCCUUGACCAGUCCAGAGGAUGUUGCUGAGGUCUUGUUUCUUGAACUGAAGCUACCUCCGAAUGGUGAUUUAAAUUCCCUAAAAAAUAAAAAGACUCUGGGCUACACCAGGCGAGGAGGAGCAGGUGCUCGUGUAAAACUUUCCAAACAAUUUAGCACAACAAAGGAUGUGCUAGAAAAGCUGAAGACAUUGCAUCAGCUACCAGGAAUCAUUCUAGAGUGGCGGAGAAUAACAAAUGCUAUGACCAAGGUAGUAUUUCCUUUGCAAAGAGAAAAGUGUUGGCAUUCUAAACUGGAGAUGAACAGAAUUUACCCAGUAUCUCAGUUCCACACAGCUACAGGGAGGGUAAGCUUUACUGAACCCAAUAUCCAGAAUGUCCCAAAAGACUUUGAAAUCCAAAUGCCAACUAUGAUUGGAGAAAGCCAGCCAUCCCAAAAUAACACAGCUAUUAUCUCAAGCAAGACAAGGGCUAAAAUGUUCCACACACACCAUCAAUUGGUACCACUGAUCAAAGAUGAAGACAGAUCCCCAGAUAAAGGCAUGCCAUUUUCUGUUAGCAUGAGGCAUGCUUUUGUUCCUUUCUCAGGAGGAUUAAUUUUGGCAGCAGACUACUCACAACUGGAGCUUCGAGUCUUGGCCCACUUGUCCCGUGACAGACGGCUUAUUCAGGUUCUCAAUAGUGGAGAAGAUGUUUUCAAAAGCAUCGCUGCAGAGUGGAAGAUGGUGGAUCCCCAGUCAGUUGAUGAUUGCCUGAGACAACAGGCUAAACAGAUUUGUUAUGGAAUAAUCUACGGCAUGGGAGCAAAGUCAUUAGGAGAGCAAAUGGGUAUUGAUGAAAAUGAUGCUGCCUGUUACAUUGAAACAUUCAAGUCCAGAUAUUCAGGCAUACAGGCAUUUCUUCGUGAAACUGUUAAAAACUGCAAUAAAAAUGGCUUUGUGAAGACAUUACUUGGCAGAAAAAGAUAUCUCCCUGGAAUCAAGGAGUCAAACAUGUACAUCAAGUCUCAUGCAGAACGACAGGCAGUGAAUACAACAGUCCAAGGCUCUGCAGCAGAUAUUGUAAAACUGGCUACUAUCAAUAUCCAGCGUAGACUAGAAACAGAAUUUGCUGACGUCCUGCUGUCACAUCGGCAUUACUCCAGUGAAACAGACAAAGGACGGUGCAGGCCUCGGUCCAGACCUUCUCGAGGAGCCUUCUUCAUACUUCAGCUACAUGAUGAACUCAUCUACGAGGUUGCAGAGGAGGAUAUCAUUCAGGUUGCACAAAUUGUGAAACGGGAAAUGGAAGCUGCUGUGAAACUGUAUGUGAAGCUCAGGGCAAAAGUUAAAGUUGGCCCAAGCUGGGGCAACCUUCAAGAGCUGGAUAUAUAAAAUACGGUGGGCUUGACUUCUACCUAAUGUGCUGCUUACCACACUUUCUAAUUGCAAUAAUGUGAAUUUGUGACAAAUAUUUAUUUUUAUGAAAUGUAUAAGUCUAUAAACUCAAAUGAAAAAUU